CUUCUGCCUCCACUUCAGGUUUUUAGCAGCUUGGGUGCUAAAUUGCUGUCUCAAAAUGCAGAGGAUCUAAUUUGCUGAGGAAAACCGCCAAAGAAGGAAGAGGAGGAAAAGGAAAAAAAAAAGGGGGGGGUAUUUUGUGGAUGAUCUACUUUUCUUGGAAAUGCAAAAGAUUAUGCAUAUAUCUGCCCUCCUUUCUCCUGUUUUAUGGGGACUGAUUUUUGGUGUCUCUUCUAACAGCAUACAGAUAGGGGGGCUAUUUCCCAGGGGCGCCGAUCAGGAAUACAGUGCAUUUCGGGUAGGGAUGGUUCAGUUUUCCACUUCGGAGUUCAGACUGACUCCCCACAUCGACAAUUUGGAGGUAGCAAACAGCUUCGCAGUCACCAAUGCUUUCUGCUCCCAGUUUUCAAGAGGAGUCUAUGCUAUUUUUGGAUUUUAUGAUAAGAAGUCUGUAAAUACCAUCACAUCAUUUUGUGGAACGCUCCAUGUCUCCUUCAUCACUCCCAGCUUCCCAACAGAUGGUACACAUCCAUUUGUCAUUCAGAUGAGACCUGACCUCAAAGGAGCACUUCUUAGCUUGAUUGAAUACUAUCAGUGGGACAAGUUUGCAUAUCUCUAUGACAGUGACAGAG